GGCCUGUGGCGCUGCGAGAGCUUGCGCCUCGGCUUGGAGAGCGAGGCUGAAACCGAAGGCGCGCUGGCGCGCACGAGACGCAGCGCUACUCAAACAUUUCGCAGCACUACUCGAAGAGAUCAGUAGAGGCAAUGAAACGCAUAGCUGUGACGGCCGACGCGUAAAACAGCAGCAGCAGGCAGCACGAGUGAAGCACAGCACUGAUGGCCGACGACGCGCAAGUAGCCGUGCAGGUCAAGCAAGCGCUAGCCCUGCUCUACGCGACAGGAAACAAAGAAGCCGACACCUGGCUGCAGGGCUUCAUCACGCAAGGCUACGGCCGCUGCCUCGGCCCGUGCGCGUUGAUAUUAGAUGAUGCGGCGUCGCAGCCGCACGAGGCGCUGUUCGCGGCGACGGCGACGCACCAGACGCUGCGCAAGAUGCAGCUGCGGGAGGUGGCGACGCAGCGCAGUCACGUGGUCAUGUCGGCGGAGGGCGCCGUCGCGUUGCGACGACGCCUCGCGCUCCGCUGCAGCACGGCGCCGCCGGGGCCGCUGCAGACGCGCUACGCUCUGACACUCGCGGCGGCUCUACUGAAGAGCGACCAGCGCGACCUCGUGGCGAUCGUCGCCGCGACGUUGGCGGGCGCGCCGCUCGCCGAGACCCUUCGAGCGUUACCAGAAGAGCUGGAGGGCCUCUCGAUGCACCCUAAUUUAAGGGAGCAGCGCCGGUCCGAAUUGGAUGCAGGGGCGCCGGUGGCGCUCGACGCGAUCCUCGCGCAAGCUCAACCGUGCGGCGCGCAGCGCGCGUUCGCGGCCGCGUCAGUUUAUGUAAAGCGGUUACGACGGUGGCGCGACGUCCCAAGUGCGGUUUCUUUGAUAGCGAGCGCGCGCGAGGCCAUGCUCCACGCCGACGGUGAUGUGCUCGAGAGCGCCUCUUCAUUAUUAUCGGCGGCGAUCGACGUUUGUGAGGCGGACCCGUUACUCGCAGACGAGCUCCUGCCCCUCACGACCUGCCUCCAGGGCCGGCGCGGCGACCUCUGCGCGACGGCCGUCGCCGAGGCCACGGAAAAAACGGAUGUGAAUGGCGCGUCCCGACUGGCCGCGGCUCUUUGUGCAGCGCUCCACGAUACUUCCAGUAGAGACGUCGCGGCGGCGGCGUCCCUGGCGGCGUGUAGAGGAGGCGCGGCGGAUUUUGUGACCUUCGCUUGCAGACGCGCGUCCUUCCAAACGGCUCGCGACCCCUUCGAGGCGAAUCCUGAAGAGGCAGAAGCCCAGGACGAGGACGACGUCGAACGAGAUCUUCUGGCCGACGGUUGUAAAGCCUGCGCCGGCGCGGCGCCAAUGGAGGUGCUCGAAGCGUGCCGUGGUAACGUAGCGGCGUUCCCCGCGGGCGUGCUGGCCGUGGCGCGGUCCGUCCUCCAUCAAGGCACCUCUUCGAUCGGCGCGCCGCUCGCGGAGCUCGGCCUCCGGCCCGUUUCUAGUGUUGUGGCGUCGCCCGUCGACGCCCAGACGGGCGUCUGCUGCGGGCUGUUCCUCCAGGCCGUCGCGUCGUCGGGCCUCAAACCCCUAUCGACGUUCGCCGAGGUCUCGGCUCGAUUAGCAUCAAGUCACGACGCGACGGCGCGGCGGCACGGCUUCGUUGCUCUAUUGCGGAUUCUGGACGCUGAUACAAACGCGUCGUCCGAGGCGUGCUGGCGCGUCUGCGAGGCCAUUGUCUCUUCCGACAUCGACGAGCCUCCUUUAAGGCCGGGCCGCGAGCCCGUGCUCGCGCUGGCCUGUCGCUGUUUAUCACGCAUGGCGGUGGGCACGGACCGGCUCCAACCUUUGUUAGUCUCCUGUGUCCAGCGGGCCGAAAGUUGCUCCCCUGAAGCCCCGUGCACGUUCGCCGCCGCGUAUUUAGGGCUGGCCUGCGUCGUAUCAACCGCAAGGCCCCUCCUCCUCGCCGAUGUGUCAGCCGCGACGCGCGUCGCCGGCGUUUCAGGAAAUGGCGUCCUCAAGUGCGCCCGAGCCUAUCCAGAUGAAGCGGACGAGGACGUCGUGGACCCCGCCCGAGCCGCCGACGCGGCCUGCGCCGUCCUCGCGGCGCUGGUGGCCCCGAACUGGAAGGACGACGCCCCCAAAAAACGGGACGCGCAAUGUAACAGCGCCGCGCGCGGCUCGGUCGACGAGCGGGUGCUCGACGCGGCCUUCCAACCGGCUCUCCAAAGUCUGCAGGCGUCGGCGGGCGCCUUCCGCUCCGUUGCAGCGCCCGCGUCGUUACGAAUUCUGGAAUUAGUCGUCUGCUCGUGCGCCCACCCGUCGCUCGCUUCCGCCGUUGUUAGUGUGUUGCAGGAAAUGUGUAGCCGCGUGCGGGCGCCAUCAUUGCGAUGCGCUCUGUCAAAUGCGUUCAAGUGCUGCCUGCGGCUCCCCGGCGAGGCCGUCGACCGCUGCUUAUUCUUACUCUGUCAAGUGCAACUCACAAAGCCGACGGCGUCGGACGAGUCCGAGGACGACGCCGCCGCGCUCAAAGCCUGCGCGCGGCUCUUCUCCACAAAUUUACGGCGCGACGGCCUCGCUCUCGUCUUGCGGGCGCAGCGCGACGGCGUCCUGCCGUCGGCGCGCGUCGUCGACGUCGCGCGUUUAGUUAGGACGCGGUAUCCCCCAUCAGAGUUGGCGGCGGACGUGCGAUUUGCAUUAGGGUUGGUGGUUGCGGAGAAGGGGCCGGACGUCGCGGGCGACCUGGCUGCCGCUAUUCGCGACGAGAAGAAGUUCAAGAAGCUGCUGAAGGCGAUGGUGGGCGGGAAGCGGAAGGGGAGUAGUGGGUCGUAAGUCUAGUGUUUGUGGUGAUUCCAUGUGGUUCGGGUUUCGAAAACCGAAACUGCGUUAAAUGUACCUUGGCUGCCUUCAGUAGAUGCAAACGGCCUCGAAUAGAGAUGAUAAGACUCCGUCGGGGCUGACACGAGGAGCCUCGAAAAUAGGCCGACGUCUGACAGCCUAAAAGGCGAUACAAAAAGCUAGCCAAAAUGACUGCCAAGAAGCAACGUGUGGCGGCUGAGGAGUGCGUAAGCAGCGUAGCUAUGCAAGCCGAUGCAAAACGAUGCAUCGCCGACGUCGUUUACAAGAGAGAUGCAGCCACCAAUUUAUCUUAUGCCUAUUGCACGCGCGCGGGCGACGCCGACGCAAUGCAAUACGCGCGCGCGGCAUCGCGCCGACGCGCCGCUGCCAUACCAGCAGCUUCGGCACGCACAAGGGCACAACCGGUCGCGCGCGCAUGCAACGGGACAUGCCGCUGCCACGCCUGUUGCGAAACACGCGCGGUGCUCGUGUGCCCCGACGGCCAAGCCACACACAACAGCAGCAGAGAAAAACGCCGUCGCUCACGCUCCAAAAACACAGGCGCGUCUUCCUCUUCUCGUCCGAGUCCGUGAACGAGGGCCACCCCGACAAGCUCGCGGACCAGGUCUCGGAUGCCGUCCUCGACGCGUGCCUCAAGCAGGACCCCUACUCGAAGGUCGCCUGCGAGACGGCGACCAAGGACAACAUGGUCAUGGUCUUCGGCGAGAUCACGACGGAGGCCAAGCUCGACUACGACAAGAUCGUCCGCGCGCAAGUCCGCGAGAUCGGCUUCGACUCGUUCAAGGACGACCUGGCGAGCGUCGACUCCAAGGGCCUGUCCUGCGACUCGUGCGAGGUGCUCGUGCGCAUCAACAAGCAGUCGCCCGACAUCGCGGGCGGCGUCCACGUCGGCAAGGACGAGAUGGACGUCGGCGCGGGCGACCAGGGCAUCAUGUUCGGCUACGCGUCCGACGAGACGUCGGACUGCAUGCCCCUGACUCAUUUAGUCUCUACUCGCCUCGGCAAGAAGCUGACCGACGUGCGCAAGGACGGGUCGCUCUGGUGGUUGAGACCGGACGGCAAGACCCAGGUGACUAUUGAAUAUGUCCAGCACUCGGACGGCUCCGUCGAGCCGAAGAAGCUCCACACCGUCGUCAUCUCGACGCAGCACGCCGAGCCCCUCAAGGCCAAGCGCACGGAGGAGCAGGACGGCAAGGACAACCGCCCGAAGUACACGGGCGCCGAGCAGAUCGCCCCGUCGAUGGCGGACAUGAACGAGCUCAUCCACGACCAGGUCAUCGUCGCGACGCUCAACGAGAUCACGCUCAAGAACGGCCAGCCGGCCACGUCCAUCUACGACCGCAACACGUGCAACCUGCACAUCAACCCCUCGGGCAAGUUCAUCAUUGGCGGCCCGCAGGGCGACGCCGGCCUCACGGGCCGCAAGAUCAUCAUCGACACGUACGGCGGCUGGGGCGCGCACGGCGGCGGCGCCUUCUCGGGCAAGGACCCGACGAAGGUCGACCGCUCCGCGGCCUACGCGUGCCGGUGGAUGGCCAAGUCCGUCGUCAAGGCCGGCUUGUGCAAGCGCGCCUUGGUGCAGCUGUCCUACGCCAUCGGCGUCGCCAAGCCCCUGUCGUUGUUCGUGGAGACUUAUGGUACCGAGAACGGCAACCUCACGGCCAAGGCCAUUACCGAUAUUGUGAAGAUCAACUUCGACGCGCGGCCCGGCGCCCUCGCGAGAGAUCUCGCCCUGCGCGAGCCCAAGUACAACGUGACGGCGGCCUACUGCCACUUCGGCCGCGAGCCGUACACGAAGGACGGCAUCCGCUACUUCUCCUGGGAGGACCCCAUCGACCUGUCCAAGUACGCGGGCAUGUCGACGGCGCAGAUCGAGAAGGAGGUCGCCGCCAACAAGGCGACGAUCCUCAAGAAGUGGGUCGACUAA